AUGGGAGGGGCAUCGCUCUCGCUGGAACAGACGGGUGCUUUAGAGCGCCGAGGCUUGUUUUCUAAGUUCGCGUUGAGGCUCGACGCCACGCCGGGUGACUUGUCCUCGCCUCUUAAAGGGGACCUUGAUCUCGAGCGCUCGCGCCUAUCGGUCGGGGCUGCGCCGGCAUUCUGCAUCUCGACGGAGGUGCAAGGGUCCGUGCUCAAGUGGUCAGUAUCCGGUUGCGACAAAUCCCAGGAGUCGCGGGUGGAUUCCGAAGAGCCGGAUUCAUGGCCGCUCGACUCGUCCUGGUCGCCAUCUGAACUAGUAUUGCUCGUGUCGUCCCCCGCUUCGGAGCCUGCGUUCAAGGGAGCGGGGGUCACUGAUGCGGAACGCCCGGGUUGCACCUCUCUGGUGAGGCACCGGAUUCACACAGGUGACGCACAACCGUGGAAAUGCAAUGCUCGCCCCGUUAGUGCGGCAAAGAGGAAAGCAAUUGACCAGGCACUGGAUGAGUUGAUUGAGACCGGAGUUGUCCAACGCUCAAACACGGACGCGAGUGACCUGGGUCUCGGCGCGGUACUCCUUCAGGAGCAUGACGGCGUCCUCCGGCAAGUCGCCUUUGCGAGUCGGUCACAUAACGCCGCCAAGCAUAACUAUAGCGUCACAGAAAGGGAAUGUCUCGCUAUAGUUUUUGCUCUCCGGAAGUUCGACUGCUAUGUCGACGGCGUGCCAUUCGUGGUGGAAACGAACCACAUGGCACUCACCUGGCUUAAGCGCUUGCGCGAGCCCUCGGACCACCUCGCGCGCUGGGUGUUGACCUUGCAGCGGUACAACUUUGUUGUGUGCUACCGAAAAGGGAGUUCGAACGUCGUGGCUGACGCCUUGUCGCGUGCCCCCGUUUCGGCAUCCGACACUUGUGUCCGCCACUCCCGAGAGCAAUCGCAUCAAGCGCUCAGCCAGCGGGACUAG